GGAAAAUGGAACCUCCACAUCAACCUCCCCACCACCUACCCCUCCCACCCACCCACCAUCCACUUCACGACCCCCAUCUGCCACCCCAACAUCAAAUUCCCCACAGGAGAAAUUUGUCUCGACUUACUCUCUGACAAUUGGACUCCUGCCGCGUAUGGAAUUGUGAAAACACUGGAAGCUGUGCAAUACAUGUUGGACUGGGAAGUGGGCGCGGAGCCGACGAGUCCGUUGAAUGUGGAUGUGGCGAGGUUGAUGAGGGAGGGGGAUUGGGUUGGUGUGGAGGGGUUGGUGAGGUUUUAUACUUGGUUUUAUGCGGGGGGGAGGGGUUGA